ACCAAAUAUAAGGAUUUAUAUUUGGAGUAAGGAUGAGGCUGUCCGGGAAGGGAUCCCAUAAGAAAGAAAUUAAAUUAAAUUAAAAGCCAUGGAGCAAAGGCAGUUUAUACGUUGCAUUUGAUCAUACCAAGUUACAAGAAUUUCCAAAAUUCAUGAAUAAUCCAUGGCCUCUGGAAAAGGAACAGAUUAACACUUAACAGGCAACAACAUAAAUGGCUUCUUCAAGCAUAACCUGCAACUUCCAUCCUUCAAUAUCCUUUCCAAUCUCAGCCACUCGUUUUUCCAUAUCUUUUUCGCACCCUCUACUUUGCACCUACAAUGGCCUUUCCCUUCACCCUUCAAGCUCCAGCUUCAGAGUUUUUGCCAAGUUUGAGAAAUUCCAAAGCCAACCUUCCCAAUUCCAAGAGCCUGACCCUUCACUCUCACCAGUAGAAAAUACAGAAACUUCUGUUGAGGAUGGGGAGGAGGAUGACAGUUGCUUGCCUUCAGACUUGGAGGGUGCAGUGCGGCAAUCAAGUGAGGCCGCGGCCAUAUUUGUAUCUUCAGGAGGGAUAAGAGCCAUAGUUGAACUUUUAAUCCCCCAACUGCAAUUUUUGGAUGACGAAGGCGCGCAGGUGGAACUCUGGGAAUUGUCAAGGAUUUUUUUGGAUACACUCAUUGAAAAAACUAAAUUCCAGAGAGUUAAAGCCUUAUUUCCAGAUGCUGGUGCAGCAGCCCUUCUGAAAUAUCGGUGGAAAGAUGCUCUAUUUAGAUUUGCAAGCUUAAGUGACCGGAAGCCUGUAGAAAGUGACGAUGAGGUUGUGGUUAUGAUUGUUCCUGAUUAUCAGAUGUUAGAGUAUGUAGAGAGAAUUGCAUCCAAUCUCUCAAAUAUUCCAGAACCUACGCCCCUCAUCAUGUGGAAUCCACGCCUGAUUAGUGAGGAUGUUGGAGUUGGAUUUAAUGUCCGAAAGUUAAGACGUGUCUUUCUAAGCACUUUUACAACUGUCUAUUUCAUGCGACCUAUGCCAUUUGGAGCAAUCUUUAGGUGUUAUCCUGGAUUGUGGAAAGUGUUCAGUGACGACAAGGAAAGGCCAGAUAGAUAUUUGCUUGCCAAGGAAUUCGAAAUCCGUCCUGAUGCUGAAGACAUCGAGCUUCUAUUUGCCGAUGAAGAACAGAAGUCUGAGCAAGGGCAAGGUUUGCUUGACAAAGCAGCAGGCAUAUUCUCUUCAAUUAGCCGGAUGAUGAAGUCUAUAUAAUUAUUGAUGAUGAUCUUUCAUAUUUGUUCUCAUCGUUAGUGCAUCAUGCUCCCAUUCAUGUCAAUUAUAUGUUUGCUCCUUCAAAAUUAAUUUUAGAAACCUUUCAGUUACGGCUUUUAUCAUAUACUACAAUUCAAGUAUACAUAUUAUGAUGUGUUUGAAUAUGUGCCAGAUUGUCACUUUUGUUAGUCAA